CUCUCUCUCUCUCUCUCUCUCUCAGCCAGCUAAACAACGAUAGCGAUGGCUUGUUCCACCGGAACCUCAAACGACCCCCGUCGUCGCCCCCGUCCAUCCAGAUUACAGCUCCCAGAUAUGCGACAGGGGAGACCUAGAAUGACUUCCUCGGGGCCUGCUGCCAUGGACCCAUCUUCUGCUCCGCCUGUCUUUCCUGGAGUUGUACCUCCUGGAGCUGUGCCUCACGCACCUACCGGCUCUUCAAGUGCAGUGCCUGCGGCUCCUGCCCCUUAUGUCAGGAGAACAGAAGAUGCUCUGCUACGUGCACCAUCCCGACGUAACCAGCAACACCUCCAUCCUCUAAGGCUCAAUGGAGCAUUGUGGUUCGGUGUGGAUCCUGAAGUCCAUGCUUUUAUCCGAGAAACAUGGCAGGCAAACUUCUGGGGACCUUGGGCAAUCUGGACAAACGUUCCACCGGACAAGAGAGAUCAGUGGUGGCAUUCCUUUAUUGUAAGUAUCUCUUUCCCUCUCUUUUUCCCUUUCUCAACUAUUAAUUUACUUAGUAAUAUUUAAUCUAAUGACUUAUCUUCUUUUGUAGCAACACUACUACUGGGAUGACCAGUUCCAUGAUGAAAUCUUCUUAAAAUGGAAGAAACAAACUCAGGUUACCGUCUGUGGCCGCAUCAGCCAGAAAAGGCGAGAUAACAAGCAUCCUGCUUACAUCAAUGACACUGA